CAAUAUUAAUUUCUAACACUUAUUUGUUAUCCUCAACACAAUUUUCUUGAGAAACAUAACAUUUCUGCAUGCAAACUGAAGCUCGAUUUUCUUUCUGUUUGACUUGAACACUAGGAAGUAGAAAUAUAUGACACAAUCCUACGUCCAAGUCUGGGUGGUGUAGUCUGUUAUCACGCUCACACACUAAAGGUCCCGGUCCGAACCCGGUCUUUUAGACCCAUCCCUUUUUUCAUUUUAAUUUUCUCACGCUGUAUAAAAUUCCCCUUAUAACACGUCUCUUUUUCUUUCUUUUAUCAACCUCAAAAACACAAUCAUUUUUUUUUCUCCAAAAUUAAACUUUCCCAUCAUUUUGAAAAAUUAACAGGAUUUGUUAGGGUUUGAAUCGAAGGCAAAAAAAAUGGAUUGGGGCACGGUAACCACAGAAGAUCUGGUCGAGGCUUUACGUGAAGUCGACUGGUCAUCUCCGCCUCGUCCGUUAUCGGAAUUCUUCUCUCGAUUCACUUUUCCCCGAUCUUACUCCAAAUGGAACAGUCGACUCAAGUGCAAUCUUUACUACUACCGGACAAAUUACUUCAUUAUGAUUGUGGCUAUUCUUGCGCUGGGGUUUCUUAGGAGGCCACUUGCUAUUGUUGCUGCUCUAUUGACAACUCUUAGUGUUGCUUUUCUAAAUGACAGUUUCGCAGGCACUUUUAGUGAAAAGGUGACCAGAACUGUCAGACAGUUUUCUCCUCAUUUAGCUGCAAAAAUGAGGCCUCCACUCACGCCAGUUAUUCGAGGGCGUCCAUCUGCUAAACGAGCAAUUUUCAUUUGUGGAAGGCCUCGUUGGGUGUUCGUCUUGGUAUUCUCUCUAGCGAGUUUCUUCCUUUGGUUUGUUUCCUGUGGUCUCCUAACUGUUUUAUGGGCAUUGGCUACAGGGCUUCUUUCCACUCUUCUUCAUGCAAGCUUUAGGACACCUAAUCUGAAGGCUCGCCUUAACACAUUCCGUGAGGAAUUUCGAGCUGUCUGGCGCAACUAUAGCGAGCUGUAGCUUCCACGGAGUUCCAUAUCGUGAGCAGCGAUUUUGGAAACUUGCUAUAUUGCGGCUGAGCAUUAAUACAGUGUGGAUGGUGCAAUCUGUAAUUUUCUUUGACGUGGCAGCUUUCUCAAGGAACAAUCUGCUAUAUCUGCAGAUCAGCCACGGGCUGUAAAUUUCCUUGAAAUCUUACCCAUACUGUAUGGCACUGGCUUCUACUAUUCAUAUACAUUUAAAGUAACUUUGGGAUUUAGGUGCACAGUAGGUAUUUCCUAGAAAGUUGGGGUCUGUAUUAGAAGUCCAUUCUUAAUGUCUUUGAGAAACUCCUUGCUAGUCAUACUUGUUUAAAACUGCAGUAAAGCUGUUUUAAAUUUUAUAGUUUUUGCCUGACCUACUACAACACAUUCCUGGGGGCUCUCUUUUCUAUAGGAUCUUUUUUUCAA